AUGGAUAAAGAAAUAAACACCGAGAGUAAAGCAUCGAAAAUAGACGGUUUAGGAACGCUAGGACCAUACAUUGUGCAACAGGACAAUGCUAAAAACUUUGUCUACAUGUCCAACGUUCCACAACUGUGUCAGGACGAACCUUGCAUGCUCGGCGUCGACGAAGCAGGCCGUGGCCCCGUGCUUGGUCCAAUGGUGUACGGGAUUGCAUUUUGCCCGCUUUCCAAAAAAGAGGUUCUCAAAACACUUGGCUUUGCCGAUUCGAAACAGCUAACGGAGGAAAAGCGAGAUCAAAUAUUUGACGACAUGAACCGAAAAGAUUACGCCAUGGAAGCAAUCGGUUGGGCCAUCGAAGCCAUCUCUCCAAACACCAUCUCCACGAGCAUGCUGAGGCGCACAAAACAUUCACUGAACGAAGUAUCCAUGGAUUCGGCGAUCGGAUUGAUCCAGGCCGCCAUCGAUGCUGGGGUGAACAUCGCGGAAGUGUACGUGGACACGGUCGGGCCACCGGAAAAGUAUCAGGCCAAACUGAAGGAUAUUUUUCCGAAGUUUAAAAUUACUGUGGCCAAAAAAGCCGAUAGUACUUAUCCGAUCGUAUCGGCGGCCAGUAUCGCUGCAAAAGUGACCCGUGAUCACGCGUUAAAAGUGUGGCAGUUCCGUGAACGGGAAAAUGAAGCACAAAACUCCUUCGGAAGCGGCUACCCAGGCGACCCGGUGACGAAGCGCUUCCUUGGUGACAUUGAUCUUGUUUUCGGUUAUCCGCGACUGGUACGGUUCAGCUGGUCCACGGCUGGCAACGCACUGGAGAAAAAGGCGUUCGAUAUGGAGUUUGACGAUGCGGACGAUGCGAAAGGUGCCCAAGCCAAGGCCACAUAUGGUAGCGAAAAAUUAUCAAAAUACUUUUCUGCAUCUAAAAACGAGACCAGGAAAAGGAAUGAAUAUUUUCGAGAGCGAUGUUUGGAGCAUGUUGAAGACUUUUAGAAACGGAAAUAAACUUAAUUUAUCCG